UCCUUUUUGAUCUCAGAAGGAAACAUUAAAGCAAAAGAGAGACGUCUGUAAACUUGUUUCCUCUCCAGAUGAAGGUGUGGACUCUGCUAUGAGUCAGUGUGAGGACAGAGAGGAGGGAGCCCCUCCCUCUAAAGCCACUCUGGGUGGGGAACAUGGCAGCCAGACCAAAGCUCAGAGGAUCCAUCAGAGACCCGACUCUCCUGAACCUGAACCCAGCUGUGGGUCCAUGAAGAGUGACCGGUCUAUCACUCCUCCUUUAGACUUCAAAGAUGGACACCACUCUGUUGAUCAAAGUGUUUCCUCUCCAGAUGAAGGUGUGGACUCUGCUAUGAGUCAGUGUGAGGACAGAGAGGAGGGAGCCCCUCCCUCUAAAGCCACUCUGUGUGGGGAACAUGACAGCCAGACCAAAGCUCAGAGCCCACAGAAGCAGUACAGACCUGAACCUGGACCUGGACCUGGACCUGAACAUGGACCUGAACAUGGACCCAGCUGUGUGUCCAUGAAGAGUGAUCGGUCUAUGGAUAAAUCUCUAGUCUUCAAAGAUGGACGCCACUCUGAUGAUCAAAGGAUCCAUCAGAGACCAGACUGUCCUGAAGCUGAACCCAGCUGUGUGUCCAUGAAGAGUGACUGGUCUAUGGAUUUUCCUCGAGACUUCAAAGAUAGACGCCACUCUGUUGAUCAAAGUGUUUCCUCUCCAGAUGAAGGUGUGGACUCUGCUAUGAGUCAGUGUGAGGACAGAGAGGAGGGAGCCCCUCCCUCUAAAGCCACUCUGGGUGGGGAACAUGGCAGCCAGACCAAAGCUCAGAGGAUCCAUCAGAGACCCGACUCUCCUGAACCUGAACCCAGCUGUGGGUCCAUGAAGAGUGACCGGUCUAUCACUCCUCCUUUAGACUUCAAAGAUGGACACCACUCUGUUGAUCAAAGUGUUUCCUCUCCAGAUGAAGGUGUGGACUCUGCUAUGAGUCAGUGUGAGGACAGAGAGGAGGGAGCCCCUCCCUCUAAAGCCACUCUGUGUGGGGAACAUGACAGCCAGACCAAAGCUCAGAGCCCAGAGAAGCAGCACAGACCUGGACCUGGACCUGGAAUCAGACCUGGACCUGGACCUGAACCUGAACCCAGCUGUGUGUCCAUUAAGAGUGACCGGUCUAUGACUCCUGUUUUAGACUUGAAAAAUGGACGCCACUCUGUUGAUCAAAGAGUGGACCAGGAGAGCUCAGAGGGUCCCAGUGGUCAGUCUGCCCAGCAGCAUCAAACACCCUUGGACUCCAUAUUUAUGCUGCUGGAGGAUGACAUCAUCACUUUUGUGAAGAAUGAGCUGAAGAAGAUCCAGAAGGUUCUGAGUCCAGAUUACCCAGAAUGCUUAGAGAGUCAGAGGGGGGAUGAGGAGUUGUUGGACGGUGAGGAUGAAGAGCAGAGGAGGAGCAGCAGAGAGGCAUUUCUGAAGAUCACACUGCACUUCCUGAGGAGAAUGAAGCAGGACGAGCUGGCUGACCGUCUGCAGAACAGAAGUCUUGCUGCAGGUGGUAGGCGUAAACUCAAAACUAACCAGCAGAAGAAGUUCCAUUGUGUGUUUGAGGGGAUUGCUAAAGCAGGAAACCCAACCCUUCUUAAUCAGAUGUUCACAGAGAUCUACAUCACAAAGGGAGGGACUGCAUAGGUCAAUGAUGAACAUGAGGUCAGACAGAUUGAAACAGCAUCCAGGAAACCAGACAGACCAGAAACAACAAUCAGACAAGAAGACAUCUUUAAAGCCUCACCUGGAAGAGAAGAACCAAUCAGAACAGUGCUGACAAAGGGAGUGGCUGGCAUCGGGAAAACUGUGUUAACACAGAAGUUCACUCUGGACUGGGCUGAAGACAAAGCCAACCAGGACAUCCAGUUCACAUUUCCAUUCACCUUCAGAGAGCUGAAUGUGCUGAAAGAAAGAAAGUACAGCUUGGUGGAACUUGUUGAUCGCUUCUUUAGUGAAACCAAAGAAGCAGGAAUCUACAGGUUUGAAGAGGUUGUGUUCAUCUUUGACGGUCUGGAUGAGUGUCGACUUCCUCUGGACUUCCUCAACACUGAGAUCCUGACUGAUGUUACAGAGUCCACCUCAGUGGAUGUGCUGCUGACAAACCUCAUCAGGGGGAAACUGCUUCCCUCUGCUCGCCUCUGGAUAACCACACGACCUGCAGCAGCCAAUCAGAUCCCUCCUGAGUGUGUUGACAUGGUGACAGAGGUCAGAGGGUUCACUGACCCACAGAAGGAGGAGUACUUCAGGAAGAGAUUCAGAGAUGAGGAUCAGGCCAACAGAAUCAUCUCCCACAUCAAGACAUCACGAAGCCUCCACAUCAUGUGCCACAUCCCGGUCUUCUGCUGGAUCACUGCUACAGUUCUGGAGGACGUGUUGAAGACCAGAGAGGGAGGAGAGCUCCCCAAGACCCUGACUGAGAUGUACAUCCACUUCCUGGUGGUUCAGUCCAAAGUAAAGAACAUCAAGUAUGAUGGAGGAGCUGAGACAGAUCCACAUUGGAAUAAAAAGAGCAGGAAGAUGAUCAAGUCUCUGGGAAAAUUGGCUUUUGAGCAGCUGCAAAAAGGCAACCUGAUCUUCUAUGAAUCAGACCUGACACAGUGUGGUAUCGAUAUCAGAGCAGCCUCAGUGUACUCAGGAGUGUUCACGCAGAUCUUUAAAGAGGAGAGAGGACUGUACCAGGACAAGGUGUUCUGCUUCAUCCAUCUGAGUGUUCAAGAGUUUCUGGCUGCUCUUCAUGUCCAUCUGACAUUCAUCAACAAUGGAGUCAACCUGCUGUCAGAAGAACAAACAACCAUUCGGCGGUCUAAAGUGUUCAGAGACAAAUUAACACAUUUCUACCAGAGUGCUGUAGACAAGGCCUUACACAGUCCAAAUGGACACCUGGACUUGUUCCUCCGCUUCCUCCUGGGUCUUUCACUGCAGACCAAUCAGACCCUCCUACGAGGUCUGCUGACACAGACAGGAAGUAGUUCACAGACCAAUCAGAAAACAGUUGAGUAUAUCAAGAAGAAGAUCAGUGAGAAUCUGUCUGCAGAGAGAAGCAUCAAUCUGUUCCACUGUCUGAAUGAACUGAAUGAUCGUUCUCUAGUGGAGGAGAUCCAACAGUUCCUGAGUUCAGGAAGUCUCUCCACAGAUAAACUGUCUCCUGCUCAGUGGUCAGCUCUGGUAUUCAUCUUACUGUCAUCAGAAAAAGAUCUGGACGUGUUUGAACUGAAGAAAUACUCUGCUUCAGAGGAGGCUCUUCUGAGGCUACUGCCAGUGGUCAAAGUCUCCAACAAAGCUCUGUUGAGUGACUGUAAGCUGUCAGAGAGAAGCUGUGAAGCUCUGUCCUCAGUUCUCAGCUCCCAGUCCUCUAGUCUGAGAGAGCUGGACCUGAGUAACAACAACCUGCAGGAUUCAGGAGUAAAGCAGCUGUCAGCUGGACUGAAGAGUUUACACUGCAGACUGGAAACUCUCAGACUGAGCGGCUGUAACCUGUCAGAGAGAAGCUGUAAAGCUCUGUCCUCAGUUCUCAGCUCCCAGUCCUCUAGUCUGAGAGAGCUGGACCUGAGUAACAACAACCUGCAGGAUUCAGGAGUGAAGCAUCUGUCGGCUGGACUGAAGAGUCCACACUGCAGACUGGAAACUCUCAGUCUGUCAGGCUGUCUGGUCUCAGAGGAAGGCUGUACUUCUCUGGUCUCAGCUCUGCACUCCAACCCCUCCCAUCUGAGAGUGCUGGACCUGAGCUACAAUCAUCCAGGAGACUCAGGAGUGAAGCUGCUGUCAGCUGGGCUUAAGGAUGCAAACUGGAGACUGGACACUCUCAGGCUGAGUGGCUGUAACUUGUCAGAGAGGAGCUGUGAAGCUCUGUCCUCAGUUCUCAGCUCCCAGUCCUCUAGUCUGAGAGAGCUGGACCUGAGUAACAACAACCUGCAGGAUUCAGGAGUGAAGCAGCUGUCGGCUGGACUGAAGAGUCCACACUGCAGAAUGGAAACUCUCAGACUGAGUGACUGUAACCUGUCAGAGAGAAGCUGUGAAGCUCUGUCCUCAGUUCUCAGCUCCCAGUCCUCUAGUCUGAGAGAGCUGGAUCUGAGUAACAACGAGCUGCAGGAUUCAGGAGUGAAGCAGCUGUCUGCUGGACUGAAGAGUCCACAAUGCAGACUGGAAACUCUCAGUCUGUCAGGUUGUCUGGUCUCAGAGGAAGGCUGUACUUCUCUCGCCUCAGUGCUGAGCUCCAACCCCAUCGAUCUGAGAGUGCUGGACCUGAGCUACAAUCAUCCAGGAAACUCUGGAGUGAAGCUGCUGUCAGCUGGACUUAAGGAUCCAAACUGGAGACUGGCCACUCUCAAACUGAGUGAAUGUAACCUGUCAAAGAGAAGCUGUGAAGCUCUGUCCUUAGUUCUCAGCUCCCAGUCCUCUAGUCUGAGAGAGCUGGACCUGAGUAACAACGAGCUGCAGGAUUCAGGAGUGAAGCAGCUGUCGGCUGGACUGAAGAGUCCACACUGCACACUGGAAACUCUCAGUCUGUCAGGCUGUCUGGUCUCAGAGGAAGGCUCUACUUCUCUGGCCUCAGCUCUGAGCUCCAACCCCUCCCAUCUGAGAGUGCUGGACCUGAGCUACAAUCAUCCAGGAGACUCAGGAGUGAAGCUGCUGUCAGCUGGACUUAAGGAUCCAAACUGGAGACUGGACUCUCUCAGGACGGACCAUGGUGGACUGCAGUGGUUGAGACCUGGUCUGAGGAAGUAUGUCUGUGAACUGCAACUGGACACAACACAGUAAAUGGAAAACUUAAACUGUCUGACAACAACAGGAAAGUGACACAUGUGGAGGAGGAUCAGUCAUAUCCUGAUCAUCCAGACAGAUUUGAUUUCUGGCCUCAACUCCUGUGUAGAGAUGGUCUGACUGGUCGCUGUUACUGGGAGGUCGAGAGGAGAGGAGUGGUUUAUAUAUCAUUGAGUUACAGAGGAAUUGGAAGGAGAGGAGACAGUAAAGACUGUGUGUUUGCAGGGAAUCAUCAGUCCUGGAGUCUGAGGUGCUAUGAUGGUGGUUACUCUGUUUGGCACAAUAACAGCUAUACAGCCCUCACUUCCUCCUCUGUCUCUAACAGAGUAGCAGUGUAUGUGGACUGUCCUGCUGGCUCUCUGUCCUUCUACACAGUCUCCUCUGACUCACUGAUCCACCUCCACACCUUCAACACCACAUUCACUCAGCCUCUUUAUCCUGGGUUUAUGCUCUGGUCACCUGAUUCCUCAGUGUCUCUGUGUCCUCUGCAGGACUGAGAGUCUCUCCUGUGGACAGAAACACUGACUGAAGAUCAGCUGCUGAAAUCAACGUUUGUUCACCAUCACACACACUACUGACCAAACAUGAAUAAUUUGUGCCAAAAAAUCACAUGUCAAUUUAAAUAUUCGGAGCCCAUCUAUCUCUUUGUUCCUUUUCACACGAAUCCGAAACAUUCACUUGUUGAGUCUUCCACAACUGACAACUGUUUAGGUUACUGCAGAUUUUGGAUGCCGAUUUAAAAACAUGCCAACCAAUAAAAUGACUUUAGUUUAAUGCAAUCAAUAGAUUCUCUCAGACGUCAAUCUCUGUUCAUACUGUCACACAACAAUGUGGGUAUUGAUCCAUUAGAUCUUGCAGCAUAGUGUCCUCUUUGACAGACAAAAUAAAGAUUAAAGAAAAUUAA